UGCUGGUCGUAUGUCGAUAUCAUCGUGCGUGUGCAAUUCUCUAUGCGACUAUUUACAAACAGCGUGAAAAGGAUUUGCCUGUUUUUAUUUACAUCCAGCAAAUGGCCUGCCAAUAGAACGUAUGUAGACGGGAAGUACUAGGGGAGGACCAUAACCCUCGAUGGAAACAUUAUUCGUUUACUUUCUUAUUUAACUUGAGGAAAGCUGUUAACCAAGGAGAAAGGAGGUUGAUUUAUUAUUUUUUUCUCUCACAAUAUCCGGGUAGACAAUCGAUACGAGUGAACUUGCUUUAUUCUGGCUGUACCUCAGCCUCGGGCGACUCAUCGCUUCCAAGUACUUUCCAAUAUCAUCUUGCGGCAGGAGGACGGUAGCUUUAUCAUUAAAUACGGUACGGUUUAACACAGAACUUAAGUUACAUGGUGCAAGUUCCAUUAUUCAACUUUCGAAUGAGAGGAGAAAGACUAAACACAAGCACAAAAAUGGCAUUAUGGAGAAUAGCGAAUAUAUCUUAACUGAUCCAGAGUACGGUAAACUGUAUGAUCAAGCAACGAAUCUUUGUCGGGUGGAAGAUGAAGGAAUAAAUGAUGAAAACAUCAAUAUUAUUAUGAUUAUGAACAGUAAUAUAGUCUUCUUUUACCACGUGUAAUCUGAAAGUAUUUGAGAAUGUGGUAUUAUAUUCUGUCGAUAUCUGGACGUAUGAAUACGGGCUACUUUCAUUUCUAAUCAAUAAUCUUUAGCCGAAACUUCCGUCAAUGAAAAUCUGAAGGCAUUUGAACAGACGUGAUGUGUUUUAUUUUGGACAACUCGGAAUACAGGACUGUAAUCAAUUUGACCACCCUCUACAAUCAAUGAAGUCAACUCAAGUAUGCGUCUUCCGGACUAGUGUGCGUGGUUUAUAACCCGAGUCUGGAAAUGUAUUUUAAUAAUAGGAAAGAUUUCUACCCAAGUUUAUGUUGUGUGCAUUUCCAACAUCACAACAAGAGAUUUAUCAUUGUUGAUCAUCUUAAGCAAGCGAAACCAAAUACAAUCGAAUGAACUGCAUGACUGUGUUCGUGUGUUGGAAGGGAAGAGAUUGUAAUUGCAGGGCAAUUAGUUGUUGGCAUCUGAUAGCCUUCAUCCUUUGAUUAAACUAAUUUCACUACGUUGUUUCAAGGUGACGUACUAUCUACCAAUGCCAUUUUCAAAGGAAAUCUCCGAUACUUGAAGACCGAUUAAACAAUAAGCAACCAAUGACCAUAUUUGCAAAUAACUCGACUGCCUUUCAAGAGAUGAUGCAACCAAGGGGGGUGUAGACUUCAAUAUCUGCCAAGCUGUCUUUUAUUAUUGCUUGUGGUGGGAGCAAACCCAUAUAUGAGAUGCACGGAAGGAUCCACGUCGCGAUAGACCCUUAGAAGAGACAUGCCCUGAAGCUUUUGGAAUAUUUUUGCGGAGGUUGUUAAGGGAGGAAUUUGACAAUUGAGGCAUUCGUCAGAAGAAUAUCAUGACUAAUGCAUGUCUCGAAGGACACCAUAUUAGCGUGAGCAAUACAUGUUAUUGUUAAAAAUUGAUGAGUCCACCAGGAAAUCAUUUUCGACUAGGAUUCAGUGUUCACCAUUUGUGACGAAUAUAGAUAGAAUUAAGUAAAUGGGGCGCUGUAAAUGUGUGGGAAUAAAUCGCACAAAUGCCUUCAGUUGAGAGGAGCGGUGCUAUGGCGCAACGCAAACUUAGCGAAAGCACUGGAGGAUCAGGUGGAGCGGACUCGGGGACACCAGUGUCACCCUUUCCAGGAUCACAAAGGUAUACACCUAUUGGUGUCUUGAAGGAAGGGAAUUACGGAAAGAUUGAGUUGAUAGUAGAUAAGCGAUCAGGAGUGAGGUACGCUUUGAAGCAAAUCAAGAAGGACACUGUUAAAUUUAAGGAAUUUCAUCGAGAAAUAGUACUUAGCUGUGAAUUGUCGGUACACGCGGCUGUUGUCGCUACACUUCCUGAUACAUUUGAGUCUAAUGAUGCCUAUAUGAUGCUCCAAGAGUAUGCUCCAUAUGGGGACCUCCUGGAAGCGAUUCCUCCCCAAAGAGGAUUGGACGAAAUACGUGUAAAAUCUUGUCUUGCCCAAGUAGCAGCUGCCCUAUCUUUCUUGCAUUCCAAACGUCUUGUUCAUGGCGAUGUCAAACCUGAGAAUGUUCUCCUAUUCGACAAAGACCUUACAGUGGCUAAGCUUUCAGAUUUCAGUCGGACCCGACGGAGGGGAUCGUUGGUUAGAAAAAAUGCUCGUUCGAUCCCGUAUUCACCACCCGAAGUCGCCCAGGCCCUGGAGAACGAGAGUUUCGCGUUAGAACCCAGCCAGGAUUCUUGGCACUUUGGCGUAAUGUUGUUCUGUGUCCUUACGGGAAUGUUUCCAUGGGAGAUUUCAGAUCCGUCUCGUAGCUCCUGCUUUGAAGAGUUCACUCGAUGGCAAAAGCGGAAGGUCACCGUGGCACCGCCAGCUUGGCGUAAUUUUACACCUAAGCUUUUAAAGCUCUGUCGAAAGCUAUUGGAACCUAAAGCUGAGAGAAGAGGUUCAGUCUCGCAAAUUCAUAAAUAUAUCGGUGACUCCUGGCUAAAACAGCCCACGUCUUCAUCACCUCCUAAUCGAGCAGGGACGGGUGCAGCAGCAGCGAAGAGAACACCUUUAGGUCAGAACAUCACGUCCAAUGCCAAAGAAGACAAAGAGGGCAACGGUAGCAACGACAGCAAUAACAACAAGACGUGUAUGGAUGAACUACGAGACAAACUUGAGGCCCAUGGUGUAGUUACCAGGACAAACAAAGAUCUAAGAAGGCAGAGGACAGCAGACUGGGUACGGGACACAUGUGUGAAUCCUAUACGUGAUCCUUCAUGAAAUCAAAUAAUUGAAACAUUUUCACCAAAGCGAUCAAAAUAAAACAAAAUCACUUUCGUAGAUCUCUUACAGUGCAAUGCAGUUCGGGUAUUUCAAAACUUUAUUUUAACCAUGUUUAGGUUCGCAUAGUUACGAAGCAUUUCAAACGGUAUUAGGCAGUUAGAGUUGGGCUGGGUUGCAUUUCAAAAAUUCGUUGAGGCCUAAAAAAACGGUUUCGCCGCCAUUUAAAUCCCUCACGAAAAGGUGAUCCACGUGUGAACAAAUUAAUGUUAUUAAAGUUGAAAUAAGUUUCUGUUUCAGAUCAGUCAAAGUCAUAUGUGCGUAGUCCUAUAGGUUCUUAUGCCAUGGAAAUAUUUUUUUCACCAUACAACAGCUAUUCAACUGUUUCGUGUAUGUUUCAAGACUAACAAAAACUUAGCCACCUAGACUGAAUAUUAUGUAGAUGAUAUCGCAUGUCAGGAAAUAUACCAAACGUUUUAUGGAGAUUUUGUUUUGUUAAUAUUAGGUAGCUCUGUUGUUGGUCACUUCCAACUUUCUCAUUCCUUUACAUAGGACCCAAUGACAUGAGUGUAGUAAACAACUAUAUUUAAUUUGUAGUUCCAUUGGUGUAAGUCAUACGUGGUAUUUUGAUGAACUCACAAGUGUAAUCGGCAUGAAUUAUGUAUCAUGAUGAAUUGUCAUUUUACAUCCUCUCAGUUUUAAUGAGCAGGAAUUAAUGGGGAGGGGUCGUAAUGAUGCAAUAUAUUGUAAAAGCGUGGAAGCGUCGUGCUGUAGCGGUUCUGACUCUCGCCUUGUAAUCACAGAGGGUCGUGUGUUUGAAUCCCACCAUGGCCUAGCGUC